AUGCUUACUAUUGAAACCAAUAGAUACUUAGCACGUAAGCUUCUCUCUGCUGACGUCAAGAUUGAAGAGAUGAAAUGUUUGGUAGGGAUUUUGUUAGUCAGUGGCUACUGCCAAGUGAGCAGAAGAAGAAUGUACUGGGAAAAUGCAUCUGACUCAAGAAAUAGUUUGAUUGCUUCAGCCUUGUCUCGAGAUAGAUUUACACUAAUUUACUCUAAUAUUCAUGUUGCUGAUAAUCUAAAUUUAGAUACAUCCGAUAAAUUUGCAAAAGUUCGUCCUUUAUUAAAAGUUUUAACUAUGAGGUUUCUUGAGCACUGUCCACAUAAGGAGAAUCAUAGUGUUGAUGAGGCUAUGGUCCCAUAUUUUGGUCAUCACGGCUGCAAACAGUUUAUUAGAGGCAAGCCUAUAAGAUAUGGAUACAAAUUAUGGGUUGGUGCAACAUCAGGAGGUUACAUUGCAUGGUUUGAACCAUACCAAGGUGCUUCUACAUUUACGAAUGCCCAAUAUUCCCAGCUUGGUCUUGGUGCAAGUGUGGUUUUGUCUUAUGCAGAUCAACUAGCAACAUUAGGCUAUGGAAAAAACUACCAUCUCUUCAUAGAUAACUUUUUUACCGGUUUGCCUUUGGUUCAUGAACUUACUGAGAGGGGAUUUCGUGUAACUGGUACUAUCAGAGAAAAUAGAUCUGGAAAGUGCCCUCUAUUAAGUAACAAAGAAGCAAAGACAAAAGAAAGAGGCUUUUAUGAUUAUCGCAUAUCUGAUGAUAUUAUAAUUUGCAAGUGGCAUGACAAUAGUAUAGUGUCAGUAUGCUCUAAUGCAGUUGGUGUUGAUCCUGUCCACAAAACUGAACGCUAUUCUCAGCAACUAAAAAAGAAAAUAUCUGUUUCUCAACCUCAUCUCAUUCAACAAUACAAUAAAAAUAUGGGUGGAGUAGAUUUAUCAGAUCAGAAUAUAUCGUCAUUGCGAACUAGCAUUCGAGGAAAAAAGUGGUAUAUGCCUCUGAUUCUCCAUUGUAUAGACAUGUCUGUACAAAAUGCAUGGCUGCUGUACAGACAUAAUGGAGGGAAUAUCGACUUGCUAAACUUUCGACGUCGUAUUGCAAACUAUAUUAUCGAUUGUAAUAAACAACGCGAAAGGCCAGGUCCUAGUCGACCAUCUUCAAUAACAUCAGACUCUCGAUACGACGGCAAAGAACACUAUGUCAGCAAGCAGGAAAAGAGGACCAGGUGUGGCCUAUGCCACAAACAAUGUCCUACAAGAUGUGUCAAGUGCAAUAUCGGUGUCCACGUAGAGUGCUUUAUUAUGUAUCACACCAAAAAGUAA